CGUGUUAACGGAAGAGCGCGGCUCACACCUGGCCGCUCAGGUAAGCCACGCCUGUCGCGGUUGCUGGUACGCGCUACAGGUGACUCGACCGGGUUCAAGACAAGGCAGUUUCACGCAGACGUUUGAGGAAGCAGGAAAUCGAGCCGUGCAAGAACGAAGGAAUGCGAUUGAAAUAAAACGUACCAGGAAGUCAAGCGAGCGAGAAGGGUCUGUCCUUUUAAAAAAAACAACACAAGAAGUAUUGAACAUCGAUUCGUGUAGCAGUCCGGUGUUGUGAAAGCAGAACAGAGCGAAUAACUCGAAAGAAGUUUCUGUUUUUAAGAUAAAGACGAUGGAGAGGAAAGCGGAGGAGGGGGGGGUCCCGGCUGGGGGGGAACGGGUCCAGAACUUGAAGGACCAGGUGGAGGGCGUGAAGAACAUCAUGACCCAGAACGUGGACCGGAUCCUGGCCCGAGGAGAGAGGCUGGACGACCUGAUGGACAAGACUGAGGACCUGCAGGCCAGCUCGGAGCACUUCAAGACCACCUCUCAGAAGGUGGCUCGGAAGUACUGGUGGAAGAACGUGAAGAUGAUCGCCCUGAUCUGUGUCAUCGUGGCCAUCAUCCUCCUCAUCAUCAUCCUGCUGGCAACCGGAGUCAUCCCCACCUAGACCCCCGGACCCCCACACACGCUGUCCCGGACCCUCCCACCCUCCGACACGCUGUCCCCGACCCUCCCGCCCUCAAACACGCUGUCCCCGACCCUCCCGCCCUCAAACACGCUGUCCCCAACUAUCAACCCCCCGACACGCUGUUCCCAACCGUCACCCCCCCCCCCCCCCCCCCCCGACACGCUGUCCCCGACCCUCACACCCCCAGACACGCCCUUCCUGCUCAAACCCAGGGCGUCAUUCCAAAAUAGAGACCCCCCCGGACCCCCAGACACACCCUGUCCUUAUCCCUUGAAGACCCCGAGACCUCCCAGUUUAAUCAAAGUCUAUAUACUGAAAUUCAUGAUGCAUUAUUACUUUUGUGUGUGUGUGUGUGCGCGAUUUUUAAAAAAUUGCACUGUGGAUGCAACGAACGACUCGCUGCCCCUCUCUCUGUCCCUGUUCAAACCCAGGGCUAGGGGGAGCCCAGGCACCCCAUUACCCCCGCCCCCCCUCCCCCCCUUCUCUCUCUCAUAGUGCAGGAGAGCUCCUAUAGAAUCUGCUUGCCUGACUCCCCCUCUCUUUUCAAUGAGCGACAGAUCCCCCAAGCGCCCAAAUUGAAAAUAAAUACACCCAUAAAUAAAUAAAUAAAGAAAUACCCAAUUGAAUAACCCCAUGCGUUUUUCAAAACUAUAUCUCCCACUCCACACGCUUGUUCCUGGGUCUAUGAAAUCAAAUGAACUCAUCCAAUAUACCCAAGGCUAGCCAACUCUUAGUGAUGUAAUAAUGUGUAUUAUUAUUAUUAUUAUUAUUAUUAUUAUUAUUAUUAUUAUUAGUUUUGACUCGGCUAAAUCAUGAAGGAUAUACUUUACACAGGGGAUAGAUUGAAAUAGAAAAAGAACAGAAAAAAAAAACCCAGCUGUGAAACACCUGCUAUAUGUAGCACACACUUUUGUGUCCUCAUUGCGUGACUGAUUUUGGUUGUAAACCGCAUCGUGGCUUGUAUUCUGUAACUUAUAAAUGUUGCAUAUCCCCUGUCAGGUCCACGAUGGGACAGACAGACAGACGGAGAGAUCUGACAGAGUUUGAUGGAAGGCUGGUGGCAGGUGCUUGGUUGGCGGGUGCUUCACAAAUUUUUUUUUUUUUUUUUUUACAACAAACCUUUACAAAGGUGACACUGAGGGAACGUGGAGCCACUUUGUGGCUUGAACCCUGGUUUCAGGAGUCUGGGUUUCAGGCCACUGCACGGCACACCAGACAGGGAGACCUGGGGUUUGAUACAGCAACCUCAAACUAGGCCUCCUGGAAACAGAUUUCAAGCCGCUGUUUCUGAAAAAGUGGCUUCAUGUUCCCUCAGCUUAACCCAAACAUGCAAGAUGCUGCCAUGCAGGCGGAACCCGUUCUUUUGGAGCCGAUUCUUCUGAAAAAACAGAGUUUCAAGCCAAACUUGAUUCGGAGAAAUCAUCGCUUCUGAGCACUCGCAUCCCAGUGAAACCACCGGCCCGCCCCCAGCUCCAGACUGGUUUACAGGCAGGAUGUAGAGAGUGAGCGGAUCUGGGAAUCGACUCCUUAACCAGGGAGCCUGAAUCUGUCUAGUGCAAGGGGAGGGGGUCACCAAUCCCGAUCCUGGAGCGCUGAUCCGCUCCAGGGUUUACAGUUAAAAUGGGACGCUGAACGCCUUCAGGGUCUGGAUGGAGGUUUAAUUAAACAUUCAGAACAGGGCUGGAACAAAGACCAGGAGUGGAAGUGGCAGCUUUGGCCAGCCCUGGUGUAGAUUGGGAAUACACGUGGUAACUGAAGCAGGGAGACAUGUUGUUACUUGGAAAAAAAGCCUAGCUGGAGUCAUCCUGUUGACGCUGUUAUGGCGGGUGUGUGCUCUUUUUUCUGUGGUCUAGCCCCUAUAGUUAUACAUAUAUACAUUAUUAAAUAUCUGUCUCUUUCUGUAAUAAAAUCAACAUAACAAUUUGCUGUAUCUGUCUUGGUAGGAUCAGGGUGUAUAUAAUGUAUUCUAGGGCGAUCCUGGCUGAUCUGCUGUGAUGGCGGCUCACUGUCUUAGUUCUAGUUUCUGUGGAGUGUUUUGUUUUUUUGGAAUUAAAAAAAAACGUUCUUGUAAGGUACAGUAAAUACUGUUUCAUUGA